UUCCCAUGUCAGCUCUUUGCCCGCUCGCGUUUCACCGCUCGUAUGCUCUCCGCCGAGAGCGCGUGCUCCUACCGGAUAUUUAGACGACAGGCUGCCGCUUCGCCCCGUUUUGCUCGGUUUUAACCCGAUCCGCCGACUCUGGGAUGAACGAAGCGACUUUUGACGCGUUUUCCCGUGUGUGCGCGGGGACGCAGUGAGGGCCCGUCGCCGUGGGGGCGAAGUGUUAUCGGGUCGUGGCAUGAGACGGCGGCUCUUUGCUCUGGUUUCACGAAGGAGCGGCGGUUUCCUCGGGUGUCGGCAGGCUUCUCGCGGACUCCGGCCACCGCGUCGCGCGCCCAGCGGCUACAGCGCGCGCUAGUCGCCCGCGAAUCCCCGGGGAAGGCGGGAGUGGGGGGGGGGGGGACCCAGGCUCGUCAGCGGCGCCAUGGCGAGCGACGACUGCAGCAAAGAUGCGCUGCUGGAGGACGGCCGCGCGGACUCGGGCAUUGACUCCUACCGCUCCCUCCUCAAGUCGGACGAGCCGCGGGAGCCGCGGGAGCCCAGCUCGGACCCGAGGGAGAAGGCGUCUGCCGCGGACGAGCGCCUGGACUCGGCCUACGGCUCGUCGUCCAUCACGGAGCUGGUGGAGGGCUGCACGAUCUCCGGCAGCCUGGAGAAGCCAGCGAAAGCCUGCGAGCAGUCCGAACGGGAGGAGGAGGACGUCCUCACGUCGAUCACAGAAGAAGGAGACACAAUCCUGCACCUAGCAAUCAUCCACGAGGAGGACGUCAUCACCCAGCAUUUGAUACAGCUCUUCCCCAAAGAAGUGCUGAACAUCCAGAACAAUUUAUACCAGAGUCCUCUGCACCUGGCCACGUACCUGAACCUGCCAAGCGUAGUGAAGAGCCUGGUGGAGAAGGGAGCCAGCCUGGAGCUGCAGGACCAACACGGGAACACGGCUCUGCACGUGGCCUGCCAGCAAGGCCAGACGGAGUGUGCCACCGAGAUGACCAGAUACGCGUCCUCGGACGAGCUGGCUUUGGUUCUCAAAAUCCAGAACUGGAGAGGUCUCACCUGUGUUCACGUGGCUGCGCUGAACAGACAACAUCAGAUUCUGAGGUUCCUGAUAAAAACGGGAGCAAACCUGAAUAUCCAGGAAGGCACCAGUGGCAAAACAGCUCUUCACCUCGCUGUGGAGUUGCACGACGUCGCAUCUGUGAAGCUGCUGCUCGGCAACGGCGCCAACGUCGACGCCGCCAUGUUCAACGGCUGCACGCCUCUGCACCUCGCCGUGGGCCGGCAGGACGCCUCCAUCGCCAACCUCCUCUGCCAGUCUGGCGCCGACACCAUGCUACGGAACAUGGAGGACGAGACGGCGCAGGAUCUGGCAGAAGGCAAUGAUGAUAUUCUGGCUCUAUUUCCUUUUGAUGAUAUCCAGAUCUCUGGGAGGUCAGUGGUUUGCAAGUUUUUAGCUGAAUCAUAGGCCAAACAACAUUUUUUUUUUUUUUUGUUUUGAGGCAUUUGAUCUUUCAUUUAUAAUUAAAAUGUGUAUUUCAUCUGAAGUUUUUGUUUUCAAUGCCUCAGUUUGUAGUUCAAUUUUAAUUUGAGCUGUAUUUAUCUAUUAUCUAGACAAAUAUGCGCACCAUGACCCUCUGACAAAGAGUCACUCUGCUUAAUGAAACACUGAUAUACAGGCGCUUGUUUUCUGAGUCGUUUUGCUUCUGCUCUCAUGCCUGUGGAGGGGUUGAGCUCAGACAUGGAAACCACCUACUUGUGAGUGCCAAACAUUCUGUCAGCAUCUUUAUUUUCCUUAAAAGAAAACUCUACCUCUUUAUCAUUCUAACCCAGAUGUAAUGGCCACACAUUUCAGUGCUUUUGUAAUUUAUUGGAAUUGUUAAGAGUUUGAGAACAAACCUUAAACGGUAUAUUAAUACUUUACACAUUAAUACAAACAUACAUUGAGACUCAGCAAUACUAGUCCCACAAAAAACAAACUAAUGCCAUAAUUCAUGUCUUGAAGUUUGCUGUUUAUGUCUGUUUAUCUUCGCUUAUCUUUCAUCUGCAGAAAAGUGUUCCUGUCCUUGGGUGUGUAAUUACACUGGCUUGUCUAGUUAAUAAAAGCAGUUUAAUUAUUUUUUAAUAAAAGUUAAAAGAUCA